AUGUUUUUAAUAUUACUAUUUAUACUAAACUUAUGUUGUGGUCAAUUGGUUUUAUCUGAUAAUAAAUGGAUAAAUCAACAUUAUACUAGAAGUAUAGAUUUAUCAAAAGGUUUUGUUAAAGAAAUUGAUAUAAUUGAUAUUAAAAAUAUAGAUAAUAAACCCCAAGAUGUAUAUUAUUUUACAAUAAAUGAUGGAUUUGAUUCAAUUGGUUCUAUUUCAUUAUUUCAAGCUAUUUUGAAUGAAAAUCUGAUUGAGGUGGUUAGCGAAGAGAUUGAAUCAAAAAUUUAUAAAAUUAAUUUACCCUUCCCAAUUUCACCAAAUUCAAAUGUUGAAUUAAAGUUUAAUUAUAUAUAUUCAAAUACUUUAACUCCAAUUCCUGGUAAAAUUUCAUUAGAUGAUACUCAACAAUUAUUAUUUAAAACUAACAAGUUUCCAUUUUCACCGUAUGAAACAAAUGAUUAUAGUUUAUCAUUCACUGGUAUGACAAAAGGUCAAGAAAUGGAAUUACAUUUAAAUAAAACUGAAAAUUUACCAGUUUUAGAACCAAGAGUUGAAAGUAAUACAUUGAAAUAUGGUCCUGCUUUUGAUUUACCUCCAUUUAGUUUACAACCAAUGGGUUUAAUGUAUGAUCAUAAUCGUCCAUUAACAAAAGCAAAUAAUUUGUAUAGAUCAAUUUGGUUACCUGCUUCGGAUAUAAAUAAAGUUUCAAUUGAAGAAUAUUAUGAAUUAACAAAUCAAGGUGCUCAAUUAGAUAAAGGAUUUUCAAGAUUUGAUUGGAUGAAAGGUAGAUAUGAAUCAACAAGAAAUCAUUGGGCUUUAAGUCAUUUAGAAAUUCCUUUAUUAAAUAGAAAUUUAGAAGAACAUUAUUUUAUUGAUAAAGUAGGUAUGAAUUCAAAUUCGAAAUUUAUACAAAAUCAUUUAUUAUUACAACCAAGAUUUCCAUUAUUUGGAGGUUGGAAUUAUAAUUUUACUUUAGGUUGGAAUGAAGAAUUAUCAAAAUUUUUACAUCUAAAUGAAGAUUACAUUUUAAAAUUUCCAUUAUUAAAUUCUGUAAGAGAUGUUGUUUAUGAUAAUGUUUAUUUAGAAUUUUAUUUACCUGAAAGUUCAGAAUUUAAAAAUUUUUCAUCACCAAUACCUUAUGAAUCAAUAAGUGUGGAUAAUGAAUUAUCAUAUCUUGAUGUUUCAAAGGGACAUGUCAAGGUAACUGUGCAUUAUAAAAAUUUAUUUGAUAAUUUACAUAAACUUGACGUUUACUUGACUUAUAAAUAUAGUAAAACUGAUUUUUAUUUAAAAAUUGGUAAAAUAUCAGGUUUUGUUUUCAUUGGUUUAAUUAGUUACUAUUUAUUAGGAUUAGUUAAUCUUAAUAUAAAUUAA